AUGGUGCUUUCCAGCCUCAAACGGCUGUCACGAGCUCUUUCGCUUCGCGAUGCGACAACGGAUGCAACUAUGCCAGAUCAAUUAGACCAAUCACAAGGACACAUGGACCGACUGCUGCACAUUCACCACCGCUCAAGCCCAAAGGCAUCAGUCUACGAACAUUCCUCAGCACACUCCGCGACUACACUCCAUAAUUCAGAGCACAUACCGACAAAUCUGUCGGCUCAGGACUCCAUGGGCUCUUCAGAUGCCAUUGUACAAAUUAUGACUAUCGGCGACAGCGUCAUCACAGUGGAAACCCACAGAAGAGACUAUGAUGAGACUGAAGAAACAGUAGCCAAGCGAAGAAAGAAGAGUUUUGGUAUUCGUAGGGUCAAGUCAGCUCCUGCAGCCACACUCAGUGUACCUUUGCACGGCUCUAUCACGACCAUAGAGUCUACACAGAACGACAAUUGGCUAAGAUCCUGGUCGUUUCCCUUGGUCAAUUGGAAGGAUCUCAACUUGGUACGUCGUAUGCGUCGAAGCAGCAAUCUCAAGCAUGCUCGGAAGGAAGCUCGUAGGGGUAAAGCUUCUUGCGACUUGACCCUCGACCGACAGUCUUCAGGCAGUGCCGCUAUACAUGAAUCAGCGGAUUGUGCAUAUCCAAUGAUGUCUGGCGCUUAUCAAGAGUCACCGUCGCAUUUGAAUCUUGCAACAGAUGAGCCUGGCAUCUCACCACGCACCUCGAUCCAUAUGGGGACUGGACUUACAGACUCAGAGCGGAACGGCAACCAUCCUGACAGCUCUAACGAAGGACAGAUCCAUCGCAAAGACUCGCACUUCCAUGAAGCGAAUCAGCCUAAAGAACGAGCUGCUGCAGAGCUGUCAGCAAGCACUAGAAGACUUUCGUCCGAUGAGCGUUCCUCUGGACAUUUGGCCUUCCUGUUGCGUCCAAUAGAUUGGUUCAAGGAGCACCACGCCUCGGUCUUUGGCCUUGAGUACUCAGACUCCUCGUCGUCCUCUGCCUCCGCUCCGCCGUCUCCAACAUCCCGGCUAUCGCAGCCACCUCGCCGAACAGAAGCAUUACCGAUCCCUCAUACACGACCAGCUCAGCGCAGGAUGUCUCUGGGGUCCACUCGGAGUGAGGUGUACAUGGAACCUCCGCUUCAUCUUCCGCCUGGCUUUGAGGUUCCAGGGGCGGGGCAAGCGGGCCCAGCCGACUGGCUGCAUCGCGGCUGGGAAGAACACUACCGCCAGUCAGCAGAACAUUCUCACCGGGCAUGCCAUCCUUUGGCCGCUGCACGCUGUCUUCCUACCAGAGCCGAGGAGCCGCAACAGCACAACGUAUGCCAGGCAGGUCCUUCAAACAAGCAUCCACGAGAUCUAGCGGGACUUCAUUCUCGGUCUUGGGAGCUUCCAGCAGGAUGGAAGGGCAAAAGCCUCAGACGUCCUGACUGUUUGGAGUGCUCAGGAGCAGGGGGCGAGGGACACAGGUGUACAUCUAAGGAAGGGGCAUGUGUCACCACCAUCACACUUGGCGAGUGCAUGUUUGCGAAGGGGCUUGAGCAGCCGGCUGAAUAG